UCAUCCUCCACCCUUAUAUAUGAUAUAGUUGUUUCUUGUUUUCUUUCCUAUGUAGCAAAUUGGGACUACAAUCUAAAUUUCGUUGUGUAACCCUGUCGUACCACGACAAAUAUAAACCUUCUAACCUUGUAGCGUGAUACUGAUGUGCACUCGUGUCCACUCUCCAGGUACGCGAUGAGCGUGAUGUGGGAGCUCGACGCACAAACCCUCGCCGUGGACAAGGUGUGGUACGGUCGCACGCUGAUCCGCUCCUCCUACCAGCUCCACUACGAGCUGGCCCAGGCGCUCCUCGACGGGGAGCCGGCCGAGGUGCCGGAGCUGGACGGGCUCGGGUCCGAGGAGAGGGACGCCGAGCUGGCUCGGCUCACCCGGAGUCUGGAGACGCUGACUCGUGUAGCCAGACACCUCCGGGCACAGAGGGACAGAGGAGGAGCGCUGGAGCUGGAAGGGGUGGAGGUGCGAGCCCAGCUGGACGAGGAGAGGAACAUCACAGCCCUGGUCCCCCGUCAGCCGCUGGAGGUCCACGAGACCGUGGCCGAGUGCAUGAUCUACGCCAACCACUGGGUGGCGCGCAAGAUCCAGGAGGCCUUCCCUCACCAGGCCCUGCUGAGGCGGCACCCGCCGCCACGGCAGGAGUUCUUCAGCCAGCUGGUGGACAGCGCCGCCGCUUGGGGAUUCGCCAUCGAUACCGGGACCAACAAGGCUCUAGCGGACUCUCUGGAUCAAGCUGUGGACCCACAGGACCCGCUGGUGAACAGGCUGCUGAGGAUCAUGGCCACUACUGCCAUGUCACAGGCUGUGUACUUCUCCACUGGUCUCCAGUCUCAAGACCAGUUCUACCACUACGGUACAUUAGACAAUAUCUUUACAAUAUCCUCAGCUUUUUAUUGUAUCAACAACUAACGGAGGUGGCAUUGAGUUCAGGCAGCAACUUGCAGUCCUGCCGAGUGAAGUCAAAGCUUCAUGUGUUGAAGCUGCA